UCGACCGAUUGCUUCCAAUUUAUUUCGUUACCGAACUCCCCUCACUGACGACAAUCGACAAUCGAAUCCCCUCCAGCCCGGACGAACACUGGAGCCUAUUCUUCCCGUUCAACUUCCUCCAAUUCAUCUUUAAUUAGCCCAAUUGACUCAAGAUGAAGACAUCACGAGUUAUCGCUCGGGCCAGAAAGGGCGUCCCAGCUCUCCGAGCCCCUCGGGAACAGCACACCCGUCUCCUCUCCAGCGCCGCCCUCUCCUCUAGACUACCCUCACGAACUCUUCAACGACAACCCCAAGUUCCUUCCCACCCAAUACCAACCCUUACCCCCCAAGCCCGUCGAACCUACUCCGAAGCCCCUCCCAACUCCCCUCUCCGAAAGACCCAACUGUACGACGUCCACGUCAGGAACGGGGCCAAGAUGGUCCCGUUCGGCGGGUUCCACAUGCCGGUGAUAUACGCGGACCAAAGCGUCAGCGCGUCGCACCUGCACACGCGGCAGCACGCCUCCCUCUUCGACGUCGGACACAUGGUCCAGCACCGCUUCUCCGGCCCCGGCGCCACCGCUUUCCUGCAGCGCAUCACGCCUGCGAGCGUGGCGGCCCUGCAGCCGGGAACGGGCUCGUUGACGGCGCUGCUGCAUCCUGGGACCGGGGGGAUUGUCGAUGAUGCUAUUGUUACGAAGUUGGGGGAUGGGACGUUUUAUGUGGUUACGAAUGCGGGGUGUAGGGAGAAGGAUCUGGAGUAUCUGGACCGAGAGCUGCGGAAGUGGGGGGAGGAGGGGAGACAGGCUGUGGAACAUGUGGUUUUGGAAGACCAGGGCCUUGUUGCUGUGCAGGGACCGCUGGCGGAACGGGCGGUUGUGGGGUUGCUUGAGGAUGUGCGCGCGGCGGAUAUCCCGGGCUUGUAUUUCGGCAUGGUGAGGUCUGUGAAUCUGAAGAUCCCGACGGCGGGUGGGGGAUUUGUUGUUGUGAAGGAUGUGCUGCUUACGCGGGGAGGGUAUACGGGUGAGGACGGGUUCGAGGUUAGUAUUCCGCCCGAGCACACGGUUGCUGUUGUCGAGGAGAUCCUUAAGUACCCCGGCGUCAAGCUGGCUGGUCUGGGCGCGCGCGAUAGCUUGAGGUUGGAGGCGGGGAUGUGUUUGUAUGGCCAUGAUCUUGAUGAUACUACGACGCCGGUUGAGGCUGCGCUUGGUUGGAUUGUGGGGAAGGAUCGCCGCGAGGGUACGGAUGUUAAUAAGGGCGCGUUUUAUGGCGCCGAUGUCAUCCUUAAGCAGCUUACGCCUAAGAGUAAGGGCGGUGUGGGUGUUGAGCGUCGGCGUAUCGGACUUGUUGUCGAUGGGGCGCCGGCGAGAGAAGGCGCGGAGAUCCUCGGACCGGAUGGGGAGAAGGUUGGGAAGGUGACGAGCGGAUGUCCGAGCCCGAGCUUAGGCAAGAAUAUCGCGAUGGGGUACGUGAAGGACGGUCUGCAUAAGGCGGGUACCGAGCUGAAGGUCGUGGUUAGGGGGAAGGAGAGGUCGGCCCUGGUUACGAAGAUGCCGUUUAUCAAGACUCAGUACUGGAAGGGCCACGCUAAAGAGUAGGAUGUUUUUGGGGGGUGAGUUUAGGGGUAGUUUAAGGGGUUGUUGGAUGAUGAUAUGGAGAUAUGAAGGCACGGGAUAUGUGGUAAGAGCUAGAGUCUGGAAAGAAAGAGAAAAGGGGGAGGGGGCAUAUACGCGUGUUGGGUACACUUUGAGCGAAACGAAACAUAUAUGAGCUGCAUUAGAUACUUCAACACCAACGCAACUGGGGCGUCGGGUUGGCGGAUACCCAUAGGUAGAUGAUACCCUCAACGAAAAAUCUACGUUUUUUGAAUUAUUACUUUGCUAGGUACUGUCAAGGGUUAUAUCUCGAUCUAUAGGAGCU